ACCGUUGAGAGGUGCGCAUGCGCGGGUUGGGGAAGCGGAAGUGAGCAUCAUGUCGGUGGAGGACCCGUUUUUCGUCGUGAAGGGGGAGGUGCAGAAGGCCCUCUCUCGAGCUCGUGGCCUCUAUGACAGGUGGGAGGAACUGUUGCAGGACGGGACCCAGGUCAGUCGGGAUGAGCUGGACUGGAGCACCAAUGAACUGAGGAACUGUCUGAGGGCCAUCGACUGGGACCUGGAGGACCUCAGUGAAACCAUCAGUAUCGUGGAGUCGAAUCCAGGGAAGUUCAAACUCGGAGAUAAUGAACUUCAGGAGAGGAGAGACUUUGUGGAGCGAACCAGGAAAUCUGUCCAGGAAAUGAAGGAUGAGUUGUCCAGCCCUUCUGCCGUGGCUCAGGCAGAGAAGAAGAACCGACAGGCUCUACUGGCUUCGUCAGGCCAGGACAAGUCAACCGGGCUGGAGGCUCAUCUGGUGUCCGCGAACUCCAGAUACAUCCAGGAGCAACAGGAACAACAGCAGCUCAUCGUGCAGGAGCAGGAUGAUCAGUUGGAGUUGGUGUCGGGCAGCAUCAGAGUCCUCAAGGACAUGUCAGGACGUAUUGGAGACGAGCUCGAUGAACAAGCAGUUAUGUUGGGGGAUUUUGGAGACGAGAUGGAUCAGACGUCGUCCCGCAUGGACUCGGUCCUGAAGAAGCUGGAGAAGGUGUCUCACAUGACCAGCAGUCGGAGGCAGUGGUGCGCCAUCGGUGUGCUGGUCACCAUCAUGAUCGUGGUCCUCAUCCUCUUCUUCGUUCUCGGACGUUAGUGACCUCUGACCUCUCAGCCACACUCACCGACUCCUCCCUGUCUGUGCGGUUGGAUGGAUGGACAGAUAACGGGAAGAGGAAUGUGUCUCUCCUCCCUCACCCUCCCGUCUCUUCCUUUCUUCUCCACUAUGGGGAAACUGGAGAGAAGUUUGGACGCUGUCGUUCUCCUCCCGCAGCUUUUAGUGAUUCUGGUGUAUGUCAGCAGCAGAGCUUAGACUCGGGGGUGGGGGGGGGGGGGGGGGGGGGCUGCUGGUUUAAUCUUUUCAUACUGGUACAUUUCGGUUAUUGUUGGAAAUAAAGGUACUCACUGGGAGGGUCAGGACGUUAUAGCUGUCCGCUUAAAAUCACAUUUGCAAAGUACAAUGGCACCCAGUAGAGAACAUUCCCCGCCAAGACCCAACAGCCCCUUCAGAUUCAGUGUUUCCACGACUCACUGAGAAAUCUGUGAAGAAACUACGCGUUCAGUUAGUUUCAAGAAGUCAAAAGAUUUGAAAGUAUUUUAAGUAAGGGUGGACAGACGGAACAAAACGCCAAUGACGAGAGAUAACGUGACAUUAUUUUCAUUUCCCGUCAUUAACUGUUGAAUCUGUAAAAUUGGAUCAUCUGUGUUUUUAGCUGACAGAAGCAGCGUGGGAGGGAGGACAUGGUGUUGCCUUAAAUCUAUUUUUAUACCGUUAUUAAAAGUGCAUUCUGUUCAUGUGCCUAUGUGCGACUCGGUUUCGGACGUGAUUAACCAAUCAGUAGUUAAACGUGAAGCAGUGAUUGGACAGAAAGUCUGUGAGUUGUCCUCCGCUCUGACACGACAGCAGCUGAUUUUACAGGUGAAGACGAGGAACGUGUGAAAUCAGCCGCUGUGUUGUGUCAGCUCAGAACACGCAGACUCGCAGUAUUCACGGCACGAGGCCUCUGAGCGGAGGUCAGGGCUGCGGCCGGACGCCUUCGUGCUCCUGAACGUGGUUAAGCUCACGAUUGGCUGAGGCUCCGUCACUCUCGCUGGGUGAAGGAGCAGCAAAUGGGUUUCCCCUGAUCUAUUUUUUUUUUUUUUGACAAGCUUCAGCUAAUGAGUGGAGGAACAGUUGCUGGGCAGGAUGUGUCCACACGCAGCCCAGAUUUAGACCUACAGCGCCCUCUGCUGGAGGCUGUCGGCCAUGUUUUUCCUUUGUGUCACGUCAGGUAACACUGCCCACAUCAGGGUGUGUUGCAGUAGAAAUGCAAACUGAUGCUGUCAUUUUUGUAAAUCAACGUUUCUCCUGUAAAAAGGCUUCAUGCAGUUUCUUUCAUCAACCAGUCACAGAAGAAACAAAACAAAUCCAGAACAUGUAAUUUUAUAUUUAUAUUUCCCCCGGAGACUAUUUCAUGUUUUUACCUCUGAGGUCAAAUACGCUUUGUUCAAGAUAAAAGAUCCGUCACUGCCAGAGCUCUUUUCGAUUUGGUCGUUCAUGUGUGAUUUUGAUGCGCUUUACAUAUUCCAGCCUCAAAUGUUACAGUGUGGGAAACUGUGAGAGAAUCUCAACGUGGUCGACAGCCAUCGAAAUAUUAAAGGAUCGAUUGUAAAUCUCUGUUUUUGCUGUUUGAAAUAUAAACCUGAUGAUUUCUUUUCCGUGUCGUCACUACAGCUACAUCACGAUCACUUCUCUUUGGUUCUUUCAGAGAGUGAGAUUAAAGACAUCACAAGAAUCAAGUCGUCAUUUUUGGCCACGAGAAUUAUAUUUUAGUAAAGUGAAUAUAUUGGGAGAAUUAAUCAUAAAACAAAAAAAAUUAAUCAUAAACCUUUUCAGUCACGACUUCAUUCUCGUGAUAAAACUUUGUUCUUACAAAGAUUCUGCUCUUUAAUGUCAAACAACACAUGCAUCUAUUAUUUACUCCAGUGAAUAAAAAGGUUGCAAAACCUUUCUUUCUUUUUUUUGUUCUCCUAGAAUUAGAUUUUUUGUUGUAUUUUGAGGAUGUCAUGUCACAAGCACUACAAGAAUAAUCGAUGUUACUUGGCAGCUGCUGCUGUUACCGGACAAAGAAACCAACACGGUUACUAACACUCACAUUUCUGAAAUGAUUCACUGAGAUGUUUUAUUAAACUUGUUUAACAUGAA